AUGCCUGCUGCUUCUGCCACCGUGCCGUGCCAGUAUCGAACCGGCAAAACUCUCGGCAGCGGAACAUACGCCAUCGUCAAGGAGGCCGUGCAUAUCAAGACUGGACAGUACUAUGCUUGCAAAGUCAUCAACAAGAAGCUCAUGGAGGGCCGGGAGUACAUGGUUCGCAACGAAAUUGCUGUCCUGAAGCGUGUAUCCAAGGGUCAUCCAAACAUCGUCACAUUGCACGACUACUUCGAAACCUCGCACAAUCUCUACCUCGUCUUCGAUCUCUGCACCGGCGGAGAGCUUUUCGAUCGGAUAUGUGCCAAGGGCAACUACUACGAGGCUGACGCUGCGGAUCUCGUGCGCAUCAUCCUGAAGGCUGUCAAGUACAUUCACGAAUGUGGCAUCGUCCACCGCGACCUCAAGCCUGAGAAUCUGAUUUUCCGCACCAAGCGUGAAGACGCCGACAUUAUGAUUGCCGACUUCGGUCUCUCGCGCGUCUUAGACGAGGAGAAGUUCCAGCUGCUCACAGAGAUCUGCGGUACUCCAGGAUACAUGGCGCCUGAAAUCUUCAAGAAGACUGGUCACGGAAAGCCAGUGGACGUUUGGGCCAUGGGUGUCAUUACGUACUUCCUAUUGUGCGGCUACACGCCAUUCGAUCGCGACACGCAGCAGCAAGAGAUGGAGGCCAUCAUCGCCGGCGACUACAAGUUCGAGCCAGCGGAGUACUGGGCGAACGUGUCCGACACGGCCAAGGACUUCGUGCGCGAGUGUCUGACGAUCGACCCGGCGUCACGGCCGACGGCGGACGAGGCGCUGCGGCACCGCUGGCUGGCGGACACGGAGCCGCACGGUGUGCAGGACGCGAGCGGGAACAUGGCGAACCUGCUGCCGCAGAUCCAGAGGGCGUUCGACGCGCGCAAGACGUUCCGCAAGGCGGUCUUCUCGAUGAUGGCGAUGAAGCGCAUGAGCACGCUCGCCGCGGGUCUGUCGCCCGGCGCCCGUGCACUCGGAAAGGACAUCGAGCAGUACAAGGAGGAGUCUGAGAAGGUGUGCUAGACGUCCGUG